UUAUUUAAUUCUGUUUGUUGCUGAUUACCAGAUUGCCAGUUCGCAUUGUCAAGCUGAGAGAAGUGCCAUCCAUCGUCACUCUGGGACAAUAAAAGGCAACCUGUGUGAAACCAGUGGUCGGUGUCCAUCUUAACCUACACACAACGCAGAGUAUAUGAGAUCCUAGGGCGUGCAAGGAGUGCCACACAUAGCAGCGCCCGUUACACAAGGCACACCCUUUACAAUAGUUUUAACGCAGCAUUUAACCCGCCUGCUGACACUGACACGCCCCGUUGGUAGAGCGAUUUAUGCCGUUUGCUAAAAAGCUUAUUGUUAUUCCAACAUGGGGAAAGUCAUCUUCAUCUCGCUUGCAAUUGCUGCCGUAGCAGCGCUACUUGGGGAGAGGAUAAUCACGUUAAGAGCAAGAACCUUGGCUCACAGGGAGCUGGUCCAGAAUCACCUGCCCAACUGUGUUGCACUCAAAAAUCUGGAUUAUGGCGCGGAGGAUAUAACAGUCCUUGGAAACGGGCUCGCCUUUAUCAGCACAGGUUUGAAGUAUCCUGGAAUGCCCUUCUCAGAUGUGCCAGGAAAGAUAUUUUCCCUUGAUCUACAAGAUCCUCGGUUGAAACCAGUGGAGCUGCGAAUGCCAAGAAAUUUUGAUCUGGAAUCAUUCAACCCCCAUGGCAUCAGUGUAUACACCGAUCCAAGCGAUGACACAAUAUACCUGUUUGUUGUCAAUCACCCUUCUCACAACAGCCAAGUAGAGCUGUUCAGAUUUGUUGAGGAUGAUAACUCACUGGAGCAUUUAAAAACCAUAACACAUGAACUUCUCCACAGUGUAAAUGAUAUUGUUGCAGUGGGAGUGGAUAGCUUCUAUGCAACCAAUGACCACUACUUUUCCUAUGAAUUCCUUAAAACCAUGGUUGAACCUUUGCUGGGUCAACCUUGGACAGAUGUUGUGUACUACAGUCCCAAUGAUGUGAAAGUGGUUUCUCAGGGUUACUACAUGGCAAAUGGUAUCAAUAUCUCACCAGACAAGAGGCAUAUAUAUGUGGUAGAUAUAUUUGACCACAAUGUGCAUAUGUUGGAGCGGAAAGAAGGCAAUGGAUUGGUCGCUGUGAAGUCUGUGGCUGUGGGAUCGCUCUGUGACAACGUUGAAGUUGACCCUGAAACUGGUGACCUGUGGCUGGGCUGUCACCCUAAUGGAUGGAAAUUGGUAGUGUAUGACCCUAUGGACCCACCAGGAUCAGAGGUUAUCCGCAUCCAGAACAUUCACUCUGAUCAGCCAGUGGUGACUCAGGUGUAUGCUGAUGACGGUCAUGUGAUCAUGGCCUCUACUGUAGCAACUACCUAUGAGGGAAAGUUGCUCAUUGGUUCUGUGUUCCAUAAGGCUAUUGUGUGUGAUUUGGUGGACAGUGGCUUUUUAAAGUCUGGGUAAAGUAGAAAUAAAGAUGUUUUAAGUUUGUCACACCACAGGGUAAUGUGUUAUUAAUGUUAU